AUGCUACACAAGUUGUCCUUGUGGGAGCUUAUCAAGGUCAACUCGCUGCCAGCUGGGCUUGAUUUCGUAUCAUGUGCCGCCUUUACAUUCAUCGUGCCCAGCUUGAUGAGCUCGGAUCUCCAGAGCGACACGGUCGGCUGCGUUCUUGGCUGUGGCCCUCUUCUUGCGAUGAUCGUGGGCCCCCGAAUUGGUGCCUGGUCUGACGAUUGUCAGUCCCGCCAUGGAAAACGAACACCAUUUAUUUUCUGUAUCUCCCUGGCAAUCUUGCUUGCCCUCCUUCUCAUUCCUUAUAGUUCCACGAUUUCGAAAGUACUCCCCGAAAAAUACUCUGGUCUCAUCCAUCUUGGCUUGCUCUUUUCGGGAAUAGUCUUACUCGACAGUUGUGUCAGCUUGUGCUACACUCCAUUCGAAGCGCUUCUUGAUGAUCUUUACGAGUCCAAAGGAUUUGUCCAAAAGGACACUGAAGGCAACCCGCAGGGGCUUAUCUCCAUCUCUGCAAUAACUACCAUGGUUGUACGCGCUCCACUGAUCGUCUUCAAAAUACCCGCGGCUAUCCGAAUGUUUUUCUGCUCGCUGGCGGAGAUGAUUCGAAGUUUAAUUACUAUGCCAAACAUGUUUCAUCGACUUUGGUUCGCGCAUUUCUGUGGAUGGAUGGGACUAAUGAAUCUGAUCACUUACUACACGGAGUACUUCGCAGAAGUAAUCUUCAACGGGGAUCCAAACGCAGAAGUCGGCUCUGAGUUACGAAACCUGUACGAAGAGGGCAUCCGCUACGGUUCUAUAGGACUUUUCUUACAGAACGUCGUCGGGGUAAUUUGUGCCUUCUACGCGGAAGACAUAAUCAAAAUGAUGGGCCGCCGCAAUGCCUUCGUCUACUCUUGUAUUUCAUUUUCCUUCGCUGCAGCAAUUAUUUUUGUUUCCCGAUCAGUUCCAAUCGUCAUUUGCGCCACGUCACUGACUGGUUUUUUGCUCGCAGCUCUUCAAGUCCUUCCCUAUUCUCUUUUAUCACAGUACCACAAAGAAGCCAAAAGCAACGCCGUUGGGGAGGAUAACAUUUACGAGCGUGGUCUCUGUGAGAUGUACGCACUUUUGGACUCGGCUUAUUACCUAUCGCAUAUGAUUCCUAUCGCCAUUGUGUCCACUUUACUUACGAUUACGAAAAGUCCUCUUAGCUACGCUGCCUGCUCGGCUAUCUUCGGAUGUUUGGGUGUCAUUGCCUCCACUCAAGUGCAUUACGACAGGAUCGACUACAUUCGCUACUUGUCGUAG